AUGUCCUUUACGAUGAACUCACUGUCGCUCGCCUUUCUUUCGAUUCUAUCGUCCAUACUACUUUUCAAUGGAAAUACGAUAGCACAGUCAACAACCCCAGCGAACCGGGCGCAAAGGGUUGUAGGCCUUGAUCUUGUGCGUAGGGGCGACAAGGUACAAACCACAGUGACACCUAGUGGUGAUUCACCUAUCACUUGGGUCGACCUAGAUUAUUGGUCGAGUUUGACUUGGGUACCUUCUUCGAGAUAUAUACUUGGAAGUACAUCUCAAUCUCAACCUGCAUCAGAAGAUAUAAAUAGAACGACUGUUACACUCCCAGAUGGGACGACUACUAAGGGGAAACUGCUUUUUGAUCACUUGUUUAUCGAUCAAUUCAAUGCCUCUAGUGUCCGUUUCGGUUCCGUUGAAACAAACGGAUCGACCGGAAUUCUGGCGUUAGGGAGCGAUGCUUCCGUAUCUCUAGAUCGCAAAGAUGUUGAAACAGCACUGUUGAAGGAUUUGGUUUCUCGAAAGGUUAUAAACGAUGAAAUAUAUAGCAUUCGUUGGGAUCCUGAUCCUUCGUCAACAUCAAACGGAACACUUCUUCUCGGCGGCAUUGAUACAAAUGCCUACCGUGGUAGAUUAAUCCCACUACCACUAUCUCGAGUCGGCAGAAUUUACGCUGGUGACCUCUCAGGCAUCAGCUUCUCCUACGACUCAAGCAUCGCUCUUAGCACUACUUCAGAUUUCUUAACCCCAGUGGUUUUCGAUAGUACAUCUUCAACCAUCAAACUACCAGAACAGAUUCUAAACGCCAUCAGCGAAUACCUACAAGCCAUCCGUAAUGACAACGGACAAUGGAUGGUCCCCUGUCUCCUCCCACAAUCAACAUCUUUAUCCUUCUCAUUCAACAAAAACCAAAACCUCAACAUCGAUAUCCCAUUCUCCCAACUCAUCUCCCCGGACCGCAAUAGUUCGACCCGGUGUACAAUCAACAUCGAACUUUCUCCUAAUAACAGUACAUAUUUGGGUAAAAUAUUCCAACGAAGCGCAUACACAGUCUUCGACCUCUCCAGACGCCAGCUUUUCGUCGCCCCAUCGUCUGCAAAGGAUUUUACAGAAGCUCCACCAAUCCUAGUAGAGGCUUUACAAACAGCCACGGGAAUAGAUAACUCACCAGUACCGGACUUAGAAGGCGGAUCUCCUGCUCCUCCACCUUUGGAGCCCAGCUCGGAUGAUGGCACCCCGGUAUUACGAUCAAAAGCUCUACCAACCGAAGCAAUAAUCGGGAUCGUUAUUGCUGUAGUCGGGGUUAUGGUUAUUGCGAUACUUAUCAUUCUGCUAUAUAGAAAGAAGAAGAAAGAAGAUGGGGAAGAGAAGAAUUCGUUGGCAUCCGGGUAUCCAGGUUAUGUCAAUCCGACGUUUGGAUCGGUGUCAGAUACUUGGAUGAAUACUUCCAGUGUCAGAAGUUUUGAAGAUUAUGUUGCUGCUGAGGGACGAGGUGCUGGGUGGAUCGUAGAGACUAGAGAUGGGAUUAAGCAUGCUAGUUUGGUGAAGAAGGGGAGGUUUAAACUUGGGAGAUAG